AUCCACAACAACGCAUCUUCAUCUCCUCCAAACACCAGACUCCGAAGGAAGAAAGCUUGAAAGCAACCACGGUAAUGGCGUCCCGCCGGUUCUUCGUCCACGAUCCCUACGACUACGACCAAUACUACACAGCCGCCCCGUACCAUUACGAGCCUUACUACCAGCCGCAGUCCACGCCCAUAUUCCGCAGAGCCAGGGACGUCUUUGCGGGCGCCGAGCCGGCGGCCGCGAGAGCGAGAUCCGCGCCCAGGGCAACGGAGACGCAGACGUCUUUCUCGAUCCCAGUCCACGGGCCCGACUCACCGGAGAGGGAGCCCAAGGCAGCGGAAGCCACUCGCGCGGGACCGGUGGCGCCGGCGAUGUCGGCGGAGGACGCCGCAGCGAGGAUACAGGCGGCGGCGCGCGGGUUACUGGCGAGGAAGUCGGUGCGGGCCGUGCGCGAGGUGGAGCGGGAGGCGGAGCAAGUCGGGGGGAAGAUGGCGUGCCAGGCGGAGGCUCUGCGCGUGGAUCCCAGGGCGCGCGUCGCCGUCUGGGAGGCGCUCAUGAGGAUGCUGCUGCGUCUCGACGCAGUGCGCGGCGCGCGGGACUACCGGAGGAGGGUCACCAAGCGGGUGGUCACGCUGCAGGACGCCGUCGACGCGUUCGAGACUAAGCCGGCGCCGGCCAUCGAGAUGGCGGCGGAGGAGAGCGCGGUAGCGCCGGAGCUGCCAGACGCUGCGCAGCAUAGCAAUGAGACGGAGAGCAUCAAGACCACGACUCACAUGCCCACCCAGUUGGAGGUCAGCGAAGCAGUAGCCGCCUCCGACGGUGUGGACGCGUGGAAGAUGAUGGCGGCGCUGUGCGAGCAGAUCGCGCAGCAGAGCGCGGUGAUCAGCGCGCUGGCCGACCGUGUGGAAAAGCUGGAGCGUUCCGUGCGGAGGAUCAGCGGCGGCGAGCCAAGAAGCUGAGCAUAGAUGGCAAGUCAAGCAACAACAGCAAGCUAAUUUACAACGAUUGACGACGAAAACUAUUAAUAUAGAUUUAAACAGUUCUGUUUUUUAUUCCAGACACUAAAUCGUUUAUUAUAUUCAUUAUUUAUGAAGUUCUUCGUAGUUCUUGUUUUUUUCCCGCGCCUUUUGAAGUCUUGAUCUUGAGACUACACAC